AUGGAGUACUUUCGUCAAUACUUGAUAUACAGGCGCAAAGAUCUUCCUCCUGCAGAGCUUGAACGGAUCAGAGCACAACACCGUGAGGCGCAAGCUCGGUAUCGAGAGAAGAACCGGCUGAAUAUAAAUCUCAGGUCGAGGAGGUAUUACCGGACCAAAAAGCAAAAGGAAAUGGGAUUUGAAGAGCCUGAUGAGGAGGCCGAAUGGAUUAGGUUGAGCGCAUUGGCGCACGAGAUUACAGAAGAGGAGUGGAUCCGGCUCCACGGUACUAACUCGUAUAGGGGUGGGUCAAAGAGACGCUGA